AUGAUUGCGCCUCGCCAGGAGACCUUUUCGAUACUUCAGCGUCGUCGCAUGAGCCUUGGCAAGGGCGCGGGUCGGAGUGAGCUGCGCGUGGGCGAGCGGCUGCAAGGUGUGGUGUCCCAUGUCACCAACACGCUGGUCCUGGUGGAUGUUGGCCUCGAAAAGGAGGGCUUGGUGCCUCUGUCCAAGAUGGCCGCCGGGCUCGGCAUAGAGCAGGUGGCGGUGGGUGACGAGGUGAAGGUCUGGGUGAGCCAGUUGACGGCCACGGAGGACCUGCGUCGGGGGCAGGUGGUGCUGGCCAUGGACGAGGCCCGGAUCUUCGGGCCCGGGAGCUUCGAGGAGGCGGACCUGGAGGACUUCCGGAACGUGAGCAGCGAGGAGUGGCUGGUGGGCACGGUGGUGGCGAAGCCGAGCUUCGGGCUGCUGGUGGCGCUGCCCUCCCCAAGAGCGAUGGAGCGGCACUGCACGGGGCUGGUCUACAAGAGCCAGGUGCUGGGCAAUCAAGCGGUGGGUGACCAGGUCCGUGUGCGUGUGCUCAACGUGAACGUGGAGAAGAAGAAGCUGGCGCUGUCCAUGAAGGCUGGCUCCCCACGCAGUGUUGCCGCGCGCCUGGCCCCAUUCCGGAGCUUGUCGGAGCCUCUCAUGGGCCGGGUGCUGCGACUCUGCCGGCUGGGGGUGUUGGUGGCGGUGCCGCACCCUGAAACCGGCACCACGGUGGGUUUGCUGCCCAAGGCCACGCGGCGGCCGCGCUCGGUGGAGGAGCUGACGCUUGGGGAGGAGCUGGAAGGCAUAGUGGUGCGAACCACCCAGAACAUGACACUCGUGGAUGUGGGUGUGAAGCAGAGGGGCUUGCUGCCCCCGUCCAAAGCUGCUGAGGGUCAUGCGCAGGUGGGGGACCGCGUGCAGGUCUGGGUCAGCGAGGUGCGGAGCUCGAAGCGGAAGCGCAGGACCUUGAUCCUAGCUGCGGACCCCAACAAGGUCUUCAAGCCGGAGUCGCUGGGCCCGCCCGCCGACCUCAAGGACUUCGAGGUGGGCGCAUGGUACGUGGGCCGCGUGCUGCGGGUUCCCUUCGGCCUGGGCGCUUUCGUGGCGGUGGAGGACGGCUCCGGGGGAGUGGCAGAGGGCCUGGCGCGGAGCGCGGAGUGCGGGGAGCUGGCAGUAGGCGAGGAGGUGCGCGUACGGGUCCUCUCCGUAGAUCCUGCAAAGGGCUGGAUGUAUCUGUCCACCCGGCCGGCGCACUUGUCGCGUGAAGAACAGCUGGCCUUGCUGGAGAACUGUACGGAGGUGUUGGACGGCCGGGUUCUUUCAGUGGAGGAGCAGGGCUCCUGGGUGGAGGUGGUGCACCCCGCGGCCACUGUGGCAGGCUUCCUGCCGAACAAGAAGGUGGAGGUGAACCAGCGCGUCAAGGUGCAGAUCCAGGACCUGGACGCGGCCAGGGGCAAGCUGCGGCUGCGGCUCUGGAAGGGCGGGGGCCAGGACUUCAAGGCGCUCCUCGCGGACGAGCUGGGCGAUGACGCCCUGGAUAUGCUUGCAGAAGGAGAGGAUGUGCGGGUUUGGGCAGAGGUCACGGACCGAGGCCUGGACCUCUCCAUCGCCGGGUGA